AUGUCGUUCGCCCGCCUUUCAUCCCUCGAAUCCCAGCCCACCACCGACCGUUCAACCGGCUACUCGGACGACCCGGAAUUCCAGAGUCUAACUCAAUCCCUCUCCUCCCGCCUCUUCAACCUCACCUCCAACAUCACAAAGGCGAACCAUGUUCUCUCUCUUCUUGGGACAAAGAAGGAUUCGCAGGAAACUCGUGAGCGUUUACAAAAGCUCCUAUCGGAGACUAGGGAUGGGUUCAAACAAAUCGGUGAAGGGGUUAAGAAGGUUCAGUUGUGGGAGAAUGUCAGCCCACAACAAAGAUUCAUCCAAGAAAAGCUCUCUCGCGAAUUCACCGCCGCCCUUCCAGAUUUCCAAGCAGUCCAAAAGCUCUCCUUAGAGAAACAACGACAAUAUGUUAUUCAAGCCCGUACAGCUCUAGACACCAUAACUCACCACGAUGAGAACCUAUCCCACCCCCCAUCACCCGGUGGCGGCGAAGGCGUCGAGACAAUGCCAUUAGUCCUCCAACAAACUGCGCAGCUACAAUUAGCUUCACAAUCCGAAGUCGACUUCCAAGAAUCAAUGAUUCAGGAACGUGAAGACGAAAUUAGAGAUAUUGAAGAGGGAAUUACGCAGCUCAAUGAAAUCUUUAGGGAUUUGGGAACUAUGGUUACUGAACAGGGACAUAUGGUUGAGAGAGUUUGGACGAAUAUCGACAAUACUAGGACGGAUACUAGAGCUGCGAGUAGAGAGCUUACGACGGCAGCCAGGAGCCAGAAGGCGGCGAGGAACAGAGCUUGCUGUUUGUUGUUGAUUUUGGCGGUGGUACUAUUGGUUGUUCUCCUGGCCGUUUUGACUUGA